AUGGCUGCUUCAUCCUUGUCGGUGACUGAGAGCAUGGAUCUGGCCUUGUCUAGUGCUGAAGUAGAGAAAUCAUCGUCAAUUCUGACCGGCUAUUGGGGUCGGCCGUGUCAGAACCAACCCACCCAGUCUUACUUGGAGAUUGGAAAUAUAGAUAGCACGAUUACUGGAGUGGACAUCCUCAAGAUGAGGAAUGAGUUCUGGCUCCCACGAAGUGUGAAGAUGUUUCCUCCCUAUCCGGACGAGUGCCUUCAUAGCCCUCAAGAGGGCAGCAUCGGGAUAUUUAAGUACAGUCUUGCGUUCAGGUUGAGGUUUCCACUGCCUAGGAUUUUAACCGAGUACAAUAGAGAUUGGGGUCUUGAGUUCAUCCAAACCCACCCCAACAUUUGGGCUAGGAUCAUUAGCCUCCUGGUCCUCUGCCGUUGGCUUGUCAUCUUUGUUGAGAAGGAGGGCGCCCGGGCCGUGCCAGCGUUUAGCGAGAGUCUCGUGGUGAAACUGCAGUUAUUGCUCGAAUUGAGAGUGCCAGGUCGACAUUGGAAGAAACUUGGCACCAACGACUUCCUCCGGUCCAGCGGGUUGUGUUCGCCCCCAAACUCGUUCGAUCACCAAGUUGGUCGGUAA